AGAAAAUCGAACACAACAAUAUUUAAAUUAAUGAGCAAGGAAAUACACUCAACAGAGAUCAAAGGGAGGGCAAGUCGAAAACAUUUCCCUUAAUUAGAUUUAAGUGAUCUCAAGCCAAAAAUCGGUUUUCUUGAUAGUCUAUGUAAGUGUUGCGAAUAUAUAUGAUAGUACACAAGAAGUAUCAAUUAAAUAAGAAUGUGCAGUAAUAUACUUUGGGGAAAGUGUAUUUGGAGUCCCAAAAGGAGAGAGUUGUAUUUAGAGUGUUUUAAGAUUCUGAUUUAAACAUAUCUUCAAUCUUCCAAUAGAAGCUUAAUAAAACUACAAUAGAUGAUGAUGUGAUGACUACGUAUUCGCAGAUUUCUCACGCGAAGAAAUAAAAUAAGAAGGAUUUGAUCAGGAGAAUUUACGAAAAAGAAAAAUGGCCGAAAAGCAAAAAGGAGUCUAUCGAAGAAAUGGAAUAGUCUCUCUUCGGAUCGGAUGAGGAACCUCAACCCUUUUGUACGCAACAACCGUAGCAAGAUAGAAAGACAGGCUAAUUUAUUUAAUCUUAGUGA